CGUUAUCCAGUUGUGGAAGACAUCGAUAAAAUAGAGGAAGAGGCGAGAGGAGUCUGAGGUCGAGUAGCAGCAGGAGUGUGAGGAGGAGGAGGAGGGCGAAAAGAAGAGGGAGAAGAGGGAGGAGGAAGAGGAGGAGAAGACGAAGGAGGAGGAGGAGGAGCACUCAAAGUUCUGAGCGACGUGCAAAGAUGGAGUCGUUCUCCUUUCACCAAUCGGGGGCUUAUCGAACGGCAGCGAUUCUUCUCUCACUUGUUCUCGCUGUGGAUGCUAUCGCUCGUGCGAGCUAUGCCGCUCAGUCCUCUCCUCAUCGACAUCGCCAAAGUGAAAGUGUGGCAGGGCGAAGAUGGGGGGGUGCCUUCAUGGAAUAUGCUCAUGGCCAUGUCGAUGCUCGAAUGGACCAGGAGAGGAUUGUCGGCGGAGGAAAGGCCAACCGGACUGCAUUCCCCUACAUCGUUCUGAUAACGAUCUUGAAAGACAACGACGAGUUCUUUUGCGGCGGUACUCUCAUCGAUAGACAGUAUGUUGUCACUGCCGGUACGUUCACUGAAACUGCCG